GCACGUGAUAUUACCGAGCUUUCGUUCCGUUUAGGAGUAACAGUAAACUUUGUAUUUUGUUUUUCUUCUUGCAGACGCCAACUUCAGGCGAACUCGGGCAGACGAAGUAAAGAAUGGAUAACAAAAGCCAAGGAAAAAAUUGUUUUAUCUGGAAUACGAAUUACUCGAGUGGUGUAAAUUGUGUCUUUAUUGUCAAGUGAUCGACUUAGGUGAUUUUAGGAUAAUUCAAAUCAAGCAGACGACAUAAAGUUAUGGCGGGAAUUGUGACACAGAAAACCAAGUUAAAUUCCUUUUGGUCUAUAUGCUACUGUUUUCUAACUUUAGGAGUUCAUAUUUACACGACGUACCUGUGUGUUCUGAGGUACCGGGAUGCCGAGGCAAGAGCCUGGCCCAAGAAUGAGGGGAAACCCCCCGAAGUUGCAUUUUUGUUGUCUAUGAUUAUUAUAUCCGUAUUAUUAUUGCCUUUCUAUAUUACUGCGGCAUUUGUCAGAAUUGGAAAUAUUGCUAACGAUGGCAUCAAGUUGGGUAGAGACCACGCUUUAAAUUCUAAUUUUAAAUCUGUUUGUAAAAGUGCGGAUCAUGGAUUAAUUAAACGAAUUUGGCAACAUUUCUGUCCUGUGGCUCAAACUUUACAUCUUGUUUCCGCAUUUUGUUUGGUUUUACCAGAAACAUUACUGACUGCUGUCGAAAUAUUAAAUGGAUAUCGUUCAACAGAUGCUGCUUGGACGAGUGACAUCGACUUCCUGUUUGAUCCAGACAGAGCUCAUCUUAGUGAUAUCCGUUCUAGCUUUAAUGAAUCCAUGGUGUUUAACGAGACAUAUCACGUGCCGUCGUCUAGGACGCCAUCUUCCAUUUUGACCCAGAGAUACUCUCUAACUAUUGGGUUCGUCAAUUUUGGCGCGGCCUUAUUAGCCAUCACCGUCAGAUACGCUGCAGUCUUUUGGUUUACAAAUAAGGUUUUAACUACAGUCUUUGCCCUUCAGCUAUUGGCUAUGAGUUUAACUUCCAUAUUUGGAUUUUGUGGGUUUUCAGUACUGUAUAAAGUGUGCUAUAACAACCCAUUGUAUCACAAUAUUACAGUUUCAUUAGGGUGUUCCACCAUAGCGGCGCUGUACUUCAUUGGUGGGUUCGUCCUAGUCGCGUCAACUAUAACUGUUUUUGAGUACGGUUCGAUGUAUUUUCACCAAAAGUUUAAAAUUGUUGACCGAAAACACAACCCGGAAACGUACAUUAAACAAACUGUCAUUGUACACAGUGGCUGCCGUGGUUACAUACCUCACACAUGCGCUAUGGUUGCAUUGGUGAUAAUGGUUGUGUGUAAAGGACCUGUCCUAUAUGAUUUGAUUUCGGUUUAUCGUUUAUCCAAUGAUAGUUUAGUUUUAACGUGUGUGAUAUUUGAAGUGAGCUAUAUGUUAUUUUGGAUCACGUUUUGGUGUGUUCUUACCAUCAAACAACAGUGGAAGUUUAAAAUUCUCGACUACGUGCCUUUAAAGAAACCUGUGUUUAUGAUCGGCAAGGAGAGUGUCGUCAAAAACCCCACUUUCGAUUCAAAGCGACUUGAACUUGAGAUGAUGAAUGUUCCAAGAAGUAGAUCACCGCUUCCGACUUACGACGGUAUUCUGGUUGAAACCCGCGAACCUUCCAUGUCAGAGGAUGAUAUUACAGAAACGUCUGAGAACCCUAAUGAAACGUUUUCAACUGAUUUGGAUUCAAUUCAAAAUGGCGGUGUAAAGAAGAAAAUGUCCCGCAGAAAUGGCGCGCGGGUCACUUUCGAGGAUUCAAGACGCACAAGCUUAGGUGUCGACGACAAACGAGCACGUUCACGAUCACGAACUCCUGUAAUUGUAGAACCGAAUCACGUGAACGUUAAAGUAGACGUACAUACGGGAACCCAAAACAGACCCCCGGAAAAUAAGGAACAAAAUAAUCAAGCCUCGAACGGGCUGUUACGUCAAAACUCGGCCUCGACUUCAGUGCCUCGUGAAUAUAGAAACAGUUUAAGAGAUCGACCCGAUUUCUGUACUAACAUAAAUAACUUAUCGUCGUGUUCUGACGAGGCUAGUUGUAGCACGGCUUCUGAACACUUACCGACAUUAAUGUCAUCAUUUAGAGACAAAGUGCGCGAAUCAUCACGUGCGGCUAAUAAUUAUAGAGAACAGAGAAAUAACAUGCUAGAAAGCUCUGGGUCGUUUAGUAACGAUUCCUUAAAACGAAAACAAGGAAAUUCAGAACCCCAGUGUGAAGAUGUGUAUUUAAAAGUAAAUUUAGACAAUUUAGACCUCAAAAACCAUAUUUGUGAUUCGCCAUUAAGGGCAGGUGUUACAGACGGCCCAUUAAGACAAAACAGUAGCUCGGGCUACAGUGACGACAGCAAGUGUAGUACUUUUAAAUCACCAUCAGAUUUAUCCCCCCUGUCAAACUCUUCAAUGAAUGGAAGUGUAAGUCCAGAAACUAUUAUUGGAAAUAAUAAACUAGCAAAUGGCAAAUUAGAUUACAAUAAUACAGACAAAGAGUAUUUAUUUCCAAGACCCGUCCAUUUAUUGGUUAAAAAACCGGAAAUAGGAAGACGUGAUUCAGCAAAUUAUUCCUUGACGUCAUCACAGGAUACGUCGUCGAACGAUUCUGACCAUGGACACGGUGGAUUGUGUAGUCAAAAGCAGAAUGGCGUUUUGAAGACAACAUCCAUCAGUUCUGCGACCACACCCACUUCACCUACCAAAGCUGUUUCAACUUAACCUGUUUUAAUUAAAUAUAUGAUUAUAACCGAUUCAUUUGAGUGAUUCUUUUUACAUUGACUGUAUGAAUGGUUUUAUAGCUUUAUUUUGAAAGAAUUAGUUUUGAUAUCAGAUCAGACGAGAACUUUUAAUAAGGAGACGGGCCUGUUUGAUUUAGGUCAAAAUAAAGUGUUCGGUUGGGUUGAUCAGCCUGUCAACGCGAGCCAAAUUACAGUAUUUACAUUAUUAUGAACCGCACCAUGCGUUUAGGGGCGGAUUUUCACCUAAAAGUGUGUAGGUAGUUACCCAUAUCGCAAAACAAAUCAUAAGUAAACAUAAGAUUGAAUCAAAUUCUACACUUCAUUUUCACCCAAACCAAAGAGGUUGAAUCCUUUAAAUUGUUGAAUAAUUUAACUUGAAAAUGUUUGUAAUUUUUCACAUUGUAAUAUUCACGUCAUCUUGGAUAAUGGUUUUAUGCACCAGGUCUUCAUAAGCAGAAAUACCACCAUUCAUUCGGGUUACACAAAGAUGUACACAUAAAAGGAAACACUGUCAACGACAGACCCUGGAUAUAACAUCGGUCGUAGUGGCCCAUAUAGUAAGACACAAGGAAUGUUGGUGCAACAUCGAACAAUAUUGGCUCCUUUUAUGAAAUGAAAUAAAAAUCAUCUAAUAAAAUACAUAUAUACAGUGAACACCAUGUGUAUUAAACUGUCCUGUUAAUUAACACUGGGCUCUUUUCAUUACAAUAUUGUAUAUUUUAUUACAAUUUCGUGCUUUUACAGCAGAUAGUCUUCUAGUAAAACCCAACGGUUGUCCUCUUUAAAUGUGUCCCUGUAUAUAAUUGAUUUUGAAAGACGACAUUUUAUCCAAAAAUAGAAAGGGACUGUCGAACAGACAGCCCGUUUUGUUUUAUAUACGAUUUAAAUAUUUAAUAAAGAUUUUUGAAACCUGUAUGUGACAAUAUCUAGAUCUUUUAUGCUUUCCUAAUAUGUUUGAUAUCAAGUUGUUUCUAUAAUAUGUAAAUUAUUUAAGGCUUAUAAAGAUUGGUUGUGUAUUUCAGUGCUAUAACUAACAAUGUUUGCUUAUAUAAAGAUUAUUGAAAAAUUG